AUGUGCGUGUCUGCGUGGCCGGUAGUGCGUGUGACCCCCCCUGCGAUCAUUACUCACCGCCAACAACCUACUCUUCCAUCCAAGCCCAUUCACCAUGAAUUUCAGUGCUCUCUAUCUCGCUUUCUCCCUACUUCUCUCCUGAGUUCAGAAAACGACCGACCGACCGACACCAUCCUCGACCCCAACCAAACCACAGACAUUUUUUCUUCUUUUUUGAUUAAAUAUUUAAACCUUAUUUCGCUCCCUGGGACAGCAAUCAAUCACUCAUUCACUUACCCACUCCAGGUUGAAAUCAAUUGCUCUUUCUUUCUUUCUUUCUUUCUUUCUUUCUUUCUUUCUUUCUACAUCUCUCAAAUGUUUCUCGGCUUCGACUCAAGUCAUAGUUGCAUGUGCGCAAAUUAUUGUGGGCAUCACAUCGACUUCUUCUUCUCUCAUCGAUUUCUUUGUUUGUUUGUUUGUUUGUUUGUUUCUUUCUUUCUUUCUUUCUUUCUUUCAAACUCAAAUACUUCUCGGCCCCUCUUUCUUUCUUUUUUUUUUAUCUCCUAG